AUGUCAAAAGUACCACAGCAUUUCGUCCAAAUUGGAAGGCGGCAAAUUCUAGCUUUAAGCCCCAUAGUAGUACCGGUAGCUCUAAAUGGAGGAUACAGUGUCAAAUCAGCCGCCUCCCCGAGAAUCGAGUCGAAAUGCAACGAAGAGAGUCGAAAUACCGCAACUGCCGCGUCAAAUGGAGUCCACACUACAGACGCAACACGUUUGCUAGAACCAGGAUCUGAGUGGAAAGUCCCCAGUCAGUUCUACUGUUUAGCGAAUAGUUCAACGACAUAUGGUCAACUCGACGUCCACGAGCAGCUUGUGCUUUCCCCCGAGCCGGUGAAGAGGGACCCGGCCAGAGAACUGGAGAUAAAGGUCCUUCCCGAUCGUAGUAGGAUCUGUCGGAAUGCAUGGGGCCUGGCCAGACAGAUCGCAGGACCCACACAAGAUACCGAUGUUGGUUCGUCGACAACAGCUUUAUCACGAGCAAUUCCUUAUUUUGAGGAGUUGUCGAAAUUUUCAAAAGAAAGCGAGCACGAGAAGAGGUUUCUAUUCUUGAAACUUCUCUUUGUUGCUGUUUUGUUGAGUUGGCAAUUCAAGCAACGUGCCAAGCUUUCAUAUGAGCAACGAUAUGCUAAGUUCUCACGAAAAAGGAUAAAGCAUCCUGAAGAUUGCAAGCGUGUACCGAGCGACGUGGUAUUGAACGAAAUGAUCCGCGAACACUAUGGCAUGAGACCAGAUGACAACAUCACAAAGGAACCAUGGAAAAGGAAGAAAGCGGAAACACACAGGCUUAUUCAAAUCGGCUCGAUAUGUUUAAAGCUCGUCAAAGAAUACGGCUGGGGCGCAUUGAUAAUUCCGUCGACGUUGCUUAAGCGAGAAGAAGUCGGGUCAAAGCAGCACAAUCGAAUCUUCGAGCAUAUCAAAUCAAUAUACGACUCUCAGGGUUGGAGAGAAGAGUUGUGUCAGAUAUCUUCAACAAUGUUCGUAUCGAUGACUCAAGGCAUCCCGAAAGGUUAUAGCUUCAAGAUUCUUACACUAUCGAAACGGAGUGCAGAAGAAGGACUGACGAAUGUCUCACUUGCUGAAUGGUUUCGCUUCAUUCCCAGCUCUCAAGUCAGACAAGCUUGGAUACCUCUGAGUCGCUUAACAAACAAUGACCGCCUGACGCUGGACCAGAUACCACGCCCGGCUGCUCCUGACUUGAAGCAGCAGUCAUAUGCCGAUAGCAACCUAUACAUGCGGGCUUCAUCGAUCUGCAAGAACAGUCAGUCCUUGAAGAAUGAAGUAGAGCCUCAUUCAGACUCGGUUUCAGGUCACACUCACCAUGAUGCUAUGCUGAGCACCGAAUGUCCAAAAUGCAAAACACACCCUUUCAGGGUAGCUGGCAGUGCUGAUCAAGAUGAACCAGCCCAUGAUUGA